AUGGGCCAGGUCCGCCUGCUGCGGCCGCUGGGCUCUAUGGAGCGCUACCAAUUGUCCAAGCACCUCCGCCGAUCGGCCGGCCCAGUAGUCGUAGCCGCCACCCUCAAGGGUCUACCCCACCGCUCCACCUCCGCCGGUGAUCCGACCUCCGGCCCGGACCAGGCCGCCUACUGGCACCGCUGCCUGGGCGAGGGCCUGGCCAGUCUAUGCGCCCGCCACCCGCAGCUGUCCCUCGUGGUGCUGGACUCGGCUGAGCCACCCCGCUGGGCCGGGCUCACCCAGGCCUUCCCCGUGGCCGACGUGGUCGCGUGCGAUCUGGCAACCACGGCCCACUGGGACCCGCGCGACCUGGCCCGCGCCCUCGAGGCCGAGCUGCAGCGCGACUUUGACCCGGCCGGGGCGGCGCGCGCUUCCAAUUCUUCAGCUGAAUCAGCCGACCGCGUGCGGUUGCCGCUGUGGCGUGUGCGUGUGCUGUGGCAUCCGGAUAGGCCCGACGAGUGCUGUCUGUGCUGGGUGUGGGACCAUGCCCUGGCCGACGGCCUCAGCGGCAAGCAGCUCCUACGCAGCCUCGUCUCGCGACUGCGCCUGCCCGACGCGCCCACUGCUACCCCCGCUGUGGCCGAGAUCCGCCCGUUCGACUUCGCAGCCGCCGACGACUACGAACUGCCGGCGCCCUACGACCAGCGACGGCCGCCAUCGCCCGCCGCCGACCCCAGCGACGACGCUGACGAGUUCUGGGCAAACUGCGUGGCCUACGGUCGGCAUCUGUCUGCCAACCUGCGCGAGGGCGCGGCGCUGCCCGGGCUGCUGGCCCAUGUGGGCGAGUGGCCAGCGGCCUGGGAGCGGCUGUGGCGCGCCAAGGGCGACGGCAACGCGGCCACCAUGCGCCGCACGGGGUCGUUCGAGCUGAGCGACCUCGGCACGUGGGACGAAGACGACAGCGGCGGCGAGUGGCGCGUGGCGGCGGUGACCUUCGGCCAGAGCGUGCAUGUGAACGGUGAGGCGCUCCUGUGCAGCGUGGCGGGCUGCGUGGAGGGAGGGCUGCGGGUGAUGGUGGCGUGGCAGGAUGACACCCUCGCUGAAGCAGCCGUCCAGCGCUUUUUGAGCAAGCUUGGGGUGGUGCUCACGCGCCUUGUCUCUUGA